CGGUAAAAUAACUGAAUUUCGUCUGCAGCACUCAGCGGGAUCAGAAAACAAGAAAGCAGACAACACAUUCGAAGAAAAUGUCCCUGCGGACUUUGCGUGAAAGGAAUUGUGAGAAAGAAUGUGUUGUUCUUGUUGAGGAUGUGAUGAAGUCACAAUUUAAGAAAAGCAGUAAGAAAAACAAAGCAAAAGUUGCAAAAGAUGUUGGCCCAUUGUGUCCCACCUUUGACAAGGAAGAAUGGGAAAAUGAUUUUGCAACAUUUCCGGAGGGAUUUGGGGGUACUGAUCAAGUUGAUCCACUAGUUAUGCUACAAGAAAGCGAACGGUUUCAGCAUAUUUCAGAAGAAUGUGAAUGUGAAGUAGAACAAGAGUUAACAAAGAAUAUACUCUGUAGACAAGAUGAAAUUAGAAGAAUUUUAGGUCUCAUAGGCCAGUGUAAAAAUCAGUUACCCCAAAGCAUAUUUAUUUAUGGACAUUCUGGAACAGGAAAGUCAUUUGUACUGCAAAACAUACUCGACAAGCUGAAAUAUAGACAUGUUGUCAUUGAUUGUGUCCAAUGUUAUAUGCCAAAAUUACUGUACAUGAGCAUUCUGAAUGCUGUUGCAGAACAUCAUAUGACUGUUGAUAAUAACUAUGAACCAUAUGCAUCUUGUGACAAUAUUUUGGACUUUACUUUAAAUCUCAAGGCAGCAAUGAAGUGCAACAGUUUUAUUAUUGUCCUCGAUAAAUGCGAAAGGUUGCGUGAUAUGUCAAAAACCAUAUUGCCAGCUUUUAAUCGUUUGAAGCAGUUGACUGGCUUGAAUGUGUGUGUUAUUUUUUUGAGCAAUAUUAUUCCUGAAAAAUUCCACUCAGCAAAAGGAUACUUUGAAACAAUUCCAGUACACUUCAAGCAGUAUACUAAAGAUGAAAUCUUCCAAAUUCUUUCUGUAAACCAUCCAUGGACAGAAAAGGAAAGUCUAUACAAGAACUAUUUAAAAUUAUUCUUGGGUGUAUUUUAUGGAUCCUGCAGAGAUUUGUGUGAACUUAAAUAUAUGGUUAAUUCAAAUUUCUUCAAGCAUUCACAGUCAAUGGUCGCAGGCACUUCAGAAAUGCACAAACUGUGGCAGGUAGUCAUGCCCCACCUCAAAAGCAGCCUGGAAUAUCUCUAUCAGAGAACUGCUAUGUGGACAGAAUAUGAAAAUGACUUCUCACUAGCAGGCAAUGCAGCUGCCAAUAGAGGACUUGGAAAUCAUGAUCAGCUGUCUUCCCAGGAAUUUGCCCUAAGUUUUGAGCUGCCAUAUUAUACCAAAUACUUCCUCAUUGCUGCUUAUUUGGCAUCGUACAUUCCCUCAAAACUGGAUAAAGCUCUCUUUAUGAAACGGAAAGAUAAGAAGAAGAAAAAGAGAAUCAACAGAUCUAAAAAUGACAUUCUAAGUGAUAUGCUUUUAGGACCAAAACCAUUCACAGUGGACAGACUGUUGGCUAUAUUUUAUUCUAUUGUUCAAGAUGAGGUCAGCUUCACAGUAAAUCUUUCUGUGCAGAUUUCAUCUUUGGUCAAGCUCAGGCUUCUGAUUAUGGUAAACAGUAACAUUGACUGUCCAAAAUAUAAAUGUGCUGUUGGUUUGGAUUUCAUAAAAAUAAUUGCUAGAACAGUCAAUUUUGAUAUUGUAAAAUACUUGUUUCCAUCAAAUUGAAGCAUGACAGAAGAAAGAUAUUUAAAUAUUAUUAUAAAAGCCAUUUUAUGCUUCAAACAUUCGUACUGUGAUCGUAAAAGAUAUUGCAUUUCUUCCACAUCAAGAAAAUUACAUGAAUCGUAUAUUUUUGUAAGCUGUGUAACUAGACUCACUUGA